AGAAGAGAAAUAGGCGAGACGAAGAAGAGUUAAUCUAUCUCUGCUCUGAAGAUUUGAUCACUACAUUUACAAGGAAGCCAUGGAGAACGCUACCGAACCACCGUCGCCGUCGAUGCCGUACGCCGCCGGAACCGGCCAGCCAAUUUACAUCCAUCCGCGGCGAGAGCCGUUCGAGCACGGCCUUCUCCCAAUUCCGAAGCUCAUCUUCACCGACGGCACGCAAACCCUAGGUCCGAUCAAGGACAAGCUCUUAUCGCUCUCUUCCGAGUCUGCUCACCGUGUUAACUCGCAAUCCAUUUCGGAGACGCUUCAGAUCUCGCCUGACCACGCGCGCCUCGUGCUCGAAACCGUUGCCGCCGUCCUGCACUCCGAAUCGGAUCCUCUCGUCUCCGCCAAUCCCGCCGAGGUUGAUUCCGUCGGCGUGAAUGUGUUCGAUUUGGUGGUGUUUCUGUACAUUCAGAGCUAUAAGAGGUUGCUUCCCAAGGGACAUAAGGACUCCGCUGCAGUCGCCGAUGUUUGGCCAUCCACUUCUGCGUUCGAUGGUUUCUUAUCUGCGCUUUCGCCACUGCAGCUUGUACGCAGCAAUAGUCGUAGGUUCAUGCCAUCACAAUCUGAUGAAGAGGCUCAUCAGUUAUCCUAUUUACAGAAGCAUGUGGGCAACAUUCUCUCUCUUUUGGCUGACUCAGUUGAAGGAGAGGCAGAAGAAUCACUGGUUUUGUCAAUGGAGAAAUUUGAGCAUCUUGGCUAUCUAAUCUAUUUUGGUGAAAAGGGAUCUGAGAGAACUCCAUUGAGCCAAAAUGCUCCCUUUUUUGCAAAUUCUGAUCCAGACAUGCCCGCUGUUCCUGUUCCUGCUGCCCAAGUUCACGAAUGGCUUCUACAAAAUAUUGCAUCUGCUUUGGAACGUAUUGCUGAGAGAGCAUCUGCCAAGGAAAAUGGCCUGACCAAUGCCUCUGAUCAGGAUAUUCCAAUGACCGAUGUCUCUACAAGUCCAGCAAAGGCUACACCUAGUUCCCGGGGUCCUAGCUUUAUUGAGGGGAUUUCAAAAUCAUCUUAUGUAAGGCACGCAAAUGAUCUUAAAGGCUCUUCUGUAAAAGUUGUGAACUGCCAUGAAUCAGUGAUUUAUAUACUGGCUCCUUUAAGAUAUGCAACAGUUUAUGGAUGCUCUGAUGCAACCAUUGUUCUUGGUGCUGUUGGCAAGGCAGUCAGAGUUGAACACUGUGAACGAGUGCAUGUGAUUGCAGCAGCCAAGCAUAUCUGUAUUGCCAAUUGUCGUGAAUGUGUAUUCUUUUUAGGAGUAAAUCAACAACCCCUUAUUGUUGGUGAUAACCAUAAAUUACAGGUGGCUCCCUAUAACACAGUUUACUCACAGUUAGAGGAGCACAUGAAUCAAGUUGGUAUCUACCCUACCAUUAACAGAUGGGAUGAACCUGUGGCACUUGGAGUGGUUGAUCCACAUGAUUCACUAUCGCAUCCUGCUGGUGUAUCUGAUGUCCAAACUGAGUCUGCUAACCGUUUAGACCCUGAUCAAUUUACUUACUUUUUGGUUCCUAAUUGGUUUGAAGCUCAACAAUCUGGUUCCACGAAAGAUAACCCUUUUCCCUUGCCAGAUGCUUAUAUGGCUUCUCAGCAUAAAAAUCAUAAGAAUCUUGGGGAGGUUAAGCAAAUUUUGAGGGAAACCGAGCUUGAAGACAGCCGGAAACGGGAAUUGGCUAGCGCUCUCCAUGUGCUGUUUAAAGACUGGUUAUAUGCUUCUGGAAAUAUCAGGCAACUUUACUGCCUACAAGGUGAAUAGAACUGUUGUUCGACGUUUUGAAGAGGUCAAAAGGAGGUUUGCAAGUCGAGCAUAAUACUUUUGACCACCAAUUUAAGUCGCCACACACUCCUUGUCAAUUUUGAAUGUGGUGGAGGCAGCCGAGAGUGCGAUGCUAGGGUUUGCAAGCUGUUGCAAACAAGCUUUGUCCCUUUGAAACUAUCUUGCAGACAGAUUAUAUUUAGUCAUGCAUCUGCUAACUUGGUGUAGUUCCUUUGAAAGUAGUCUCUCUUAUGAAAUUUCUGUGUCAGUUCCGCAUCGGAGUAUUUAGUUUGUCAGUUGGCUCUUCACUCUUGUCUUCUGUUUGUAUGGCUGCUGGGUAAAGUUUGGAUGUUUGAAUUAGGUUUGGUGCUGGUGAGAAAAGCCAAGGCAAGUAGAGAAGUGGCUAGUGCUCAACCUCUGUUUAGUCAAGUGUUGUUAUAAAUGCUUGGCUUCAUUGUUGUCAGUCUGUGUCUUCCUUCUGUAAUGUUUCCUGUAUCUAAUAAAAUCUUAACUCCAUGUUCCUUGAGUUAUGAUAGUAUAGAGAUGUUCAUAAA